AAUCACUAAAGCAGAGGCUGAGAUUCUGUGUGUGAAUGAGAAACGAGUACCUAACAGGAGUCUAACAACUCUAAGUUACCCGUGGACAACACCAGAACUCUGGAGGUCAGUAUGCUGCUGGAUAUACUCCUCAUCCUUCAUCUCCAGGUGCUAGUCAUAGCAUCUUCAUCCUCUUCUGAGGAAGAUGGAAGCAGUGAGAGGGAAUCCGAACACAGUAAAGGUUCUUCUCAUCAGGACCACUGGGGUUACCAUGAUCAGGAAUCGUGGUUAUCUGCGUUUGAACACUGUAGAGGGAAAUCUCAGUCUCCAAUCAACAUAGAUACUCGUAAUGUUCCGUAUGACCCUAAACUCCCUCCGCUUAAACUGGAGGGUUAUGAUCUCACUGGCUCAACCGCUCUUACCCUCAUCAACAACGGACACACAUUGCAGCUGAGCCUGCCGAGCAACAUGCGUAUCAUGAGGGGAUUCGAUCACGUUUAUGUUGCAGCCCAGCUCCACUUCCACUGGGGAACUAAAGAGGUCCCUGGUUCAGAGCACACUAUAGAUAAUGUUCAUUUCCCUGCUGAGAUCCACGUGGUUCAUUAUAACUCCAAAUACGCAAAUCUCGCUGAGGCUGCUACUAAAGCUGAUGGAUUGGCAGUGUUAGGAGGAUUCAUAGGUAUUGGCCUUCAUGAUAAUGAUAACUAUGAGAAGAUCCUGUCUGCUUUAAAAGACGUCAGCAUAGAGGAGUCAGACACAGAGAUUCCUGGUUUUAAUGUGCGCCAUCUACUGCCAGACAGCCUGGAGAGGUUUUAUAGGUACAACGGGUCCCUGACAACCCCUCCAUGUUUUCAGACGGUCAGCUGGACUGUGUUUAACGAAUCAAUCAGAGUGUCAAGAAAACAGCUGGCGGCCUUGGAGGACACGUUAAAAACUGAACAUAACAAGCUUUUGUCCAAAAACUUCAGAGCGCCACAACUUCUGCAUGGAAGAAAAGUGCUGGCAUCUUUCCACACAGGACCCCAUAUAGGAAAACCCAAAGCUCUAGCGCCCGAAACAGAAGACAGCAGUAUAAUGGAAUCUAGUGGACACAUUCUGGCGAUUAUCUUUGGCGCUCUGUUUGCUAUCACAUUGCUGGUCUUCUCCGUGUACACAUAUCGACAGCGGAAAAAGUACUCAAAGUUUAAAAAAGACUCCAAGCAAAAUGUUAUUUAUAAACCAGCCGCCAUUGGAAAGGACAUGGAUCAAACCUCUGUUACUGUAACAUAAGCCACAUAAAUAUUCAGAAACUAGUUUUGUCUUGUGUGUUAAGCGAAGAGAGUUCAGAGUGAGAUUUUGGAAUUAAUUGCAUUUUGUAAUGUUGGAUAUCAUUGCACUCCUGGACAAAAAAAAAGGCCAAGGUCCAAAAUGACUAAACACUAAGGUUUAAUUGUCUUAACCACAAAUUAUUGGUCAGGAAAUAGCUCAAUUUAAGCAAAUGCACUACUUAAAAAACCCAUUGCCGUCUCAGAAAACGUUUUGGCCAGAAUAUGGGAUGUUUGAUUCAGACUGGUUGUGUGGAGUGAUGAAUCACAAUAAGACAUGAGUUGCGUAGUGUUGAGCCAGAGCGGUGUCUGGUGAGAAAUAUGAUGAUGAAUGCAUUUCUAGCACAGUGAAGCAUGGGGGAAGACGUGUCAUUGUGUGAGGAGCCUUUCAGCUGCUUCUGCUAGUGAGCUGAUCACUGUCAAAACUCAGUUAAUGCUUUGGAGUAUAGACCUUUUUCCUUUUUUUGCCAUUACGAUGCUCUUCUGUUCCGGUCUCCAUAGGAACCCAUUCAUAUAGCGGCUAUCUGUUUUUAAUGUAGCUAACGUCGGCAGCUUUGUGUCAUCUGUGUGUGUCAUUAAACUUUGAGGAGUGAGGCACUGACAAAUGGCAGUCAUUGCAACAUUGCGAAGUGGUGGUGCUAAGGAGCCAUGUGCUUUUUAAAAACAUUUAAAUAGGUUUAACAUUAGAUUAUCAGUUUGGAAUAUCUAAUUUGAUGAGAAACACUGCAGACCGGAAAAGAAAAGCAUCCUUCCGGUUAAGAGUCAGACAUGACUUGGUUCCAACAACUAAAAAAAAUGUUAUCUAAAGAGUAAUGAUCAGAUGUUAUUUUUCAACAAGACAAUGCUUCUGUCUAUACUGCAAAGAUGACCAAGAAAUUUAAAGAAAACUAAAGGAGAAGGCUAUUAAGUUAGUUUACCCACAGUAUGAAUGCAGCCCUUGGUAGUUUCCAGAAGUGAUUUGUGAUUAAAAUGGUUAAGAUAAUUAACAGACCACUAAAUAUUUUGCCAUUUGGCUUGGCCCACUUUUUUUUUUUUUUUUUGCCUUGGAGUGAAAAAGGUUAUUGCAACUUUUUAUCUCACAAGACUUUUUUUCUUAAAGUUUUGUGAUAUAUAAAGUCAGAAUUGGGAGAUAUAAACUCGCAAUUCUAAGAAAUUAAGUCAGAACUGGGAGAUAUAAGCUUGCAGUUCAGACUUUUUCUCAGAAUUGCAUGAUAUAAACUCACAAUUGCAAGUUAUAAAGUCCAAUUUCGAAGAGAAAAAGACUGAUAUGUUCUCAGAAUUGCGAGUUUAUAUCUCACAAUUCUGACUUAAUAACUCAGAACUGCAGAGACAUUCUAAAAUGCUUUAACGCUUAACGUGGCUUAAUGCAUUAAAACAGUGUUUUUAAAUGACCAAAACCAAUAAACAAUACUAAUAAAUCAUGCUAUGCACAGACAAACUUGUGUUCGGUCUUUUAAAUUCACUGUUGUAUUGCAUUAAGCCACGUUAAGCAUUAAGCGUUUUCCUCCCAUAGAAAACCAUUAUAAGAAAAACACUUAACGCGCAGUUAAAUGCAUUGCAUUCGUAUUAUGUCUCAUAUCUUGCUUAUCUAAUGAUUCAUUAACAAUGUUUAUUGAGUUUGGUCAAUUACAAAAAACUGUUCUAAUGCAUUAAGCCAUUAAGCAUUUUCCUUGUGGGAGGAAACUGCAAGAUAUAAACUCGCAAUUCUGAGAAAAAAGUGAGAAUUGUGAGUUUUUAUCUUGUAAUUCUGACUUUAUUUCUCACAGUUGUGACUUCAUUCUCUUCAUUCUCAGUUUAUGUCUCACAAUUCUGACUUUAUAACUCUAAAUUGUGAGUUUAUAUCAAGUCAAGUCAAGUCACCUUUAUUUAUAUAUUGCUUGUAACAAUACAGAAUUGUGUCAAAGCUGCUGUACAGUAUUAAAUAUGAAAUAGUGCAUCAAUAACGCAAAAGGGCAACAGUAAACACUCAAUUAUCAGGUAAAGGCAGUUCAUCAUUGGAUUCAGUGAUGUCAUCAUCGCAAUUCAGAUUUGUGAGUUUAUAUCUUGCAAUUCUGACUGUAUAACUAAAUUGUGAGAUUACACCACGCAAUUCUGACUUCAUUUCUCAGAAUAGCAAUUAGUUUAUAUCUCACAGUUCUGACUUUAUAACUGAGAAAAAAAGUCAGAAUUGUGAGAUGUAAACUUGCAAUUGCGAACAAAAAGUCAGAACUGAGAUAAAAAGUCGCAAUUACCGUUUUUUUUUUCUUUUUUUUUUAACAUUUUUUUAUUCAGUGGCAGAAACAGGCUUCCAUAGUUUUUUGUACAAAGAUGUGUCAACAAAUUUUUCUCCUUUUUAUUUUUAAUGGUGUUUUUUCCCAUUGUAUUUAGUAACUUAAAUGAUCAUGUUGUAAAUAUUAUAUUAAUCUCCUACAAAAUGUAUAAUGUAACUCAAACAGUAUCUGAUCAGAACCUAGUUGGCAUUUAGAUAAACUGUCAACCACAUUCAUGUAUUACCUAGAUAGUGAUCACUGCCUCCAAUCUCCAGUCAUCUUACAGUGGACUUUAGAAACUUUUAGUCAUGAUAUACUUACAACUAUACUAACUUUGUGAAGCUGCGUGACAAAACUUGUGGAAAAAUCUUCAGUCACUUCUCUCAUAAUGGACUGUUCUUUACCCCCUUCGCUGCAGGUAAGUAUCAAACACGGUCCAGAUUACUAAACAUUUACACAAGGAUUUCUGUCAGCGCCGGCAAUGUUUAAGACGAUUAAACUUUGAAUUUGGAAAGCGCUUUGGAAAGUUGAGUUAACCUAUAUGUGUUAUAAAUAAGAAGUUAUGAAAGGUCGUGUAGAGGUGUGUAUUUCAACACAUUUUGUUGAAGACUGACUGUGAAGCAUGCAAUCCAAUGCAUCUUGCAGGUCACAAGGUCAGUUCUCAGAUUUCAGUAAGAUAUUUACACAAGGGCAGAGGUCACAUGACUCUGAGAGCCUAAAGCAACAAAUACCUUUAACACUUUAUACAUUAACAUGAGUCAAUGCAAUAGCUAACAUGAAACAAUGAUUCAACAGCAUUUAUUAAUCUCAACUGUCAAUUACCAAUAAAAUCUUUAAAAAUGAGCAUUAAAGAGACAAUUGUGUUGUUCUAAACCUGUGUGAGUUUCUUUCUUCUGCUGAACACAAAUGCAGAUAUUUUAAAGAAAAUGGGUAACCAAAUAGUUUUUGGUCCCAGCUGACUUCCAUAGUGUUAUUUCUCCUCACAUUAUGGAAGUCAAUGGGGGCCAGAAAUGUUUGUGUUUAGCAGAAUAAAGAAUUUUCUAUGGGUUUAGAUCAACAAAUGAUGACAGAAUUUUCAUUUUUGGGUGAACUGUCCCUCCGCAGACAUUCACUAAUAUUUACCCUCUGGUUGUGUUCGCAUUCCUGUCACACUUGUGGUGUUCCUGGUCAAAAAUGACCGGCUUAUGAAUCUCUCAUUAUGCUAUAUUAUCACCAAAUUCAAUCUUUUUGUCAAAUAGUUUUUUUUUUUUUCCAUUUAGGAAUGGUUUCGUGUUUCUAUUUGCAUCUGAUUAAUCGUAGGUCUCAUUUAUCCAAAAGUAGGCACCUCAUUACUAUUGUGAGUAUUGUACCUAUUUCAUCCUACCAUGAACUGCAUGCAAUAUGCUUUUAUGAUAACUCUCUAUCUCUCUCUCUCACACACAUGCUCAAACUGCCUUGUCUUUAGCCUACGUUUUUCAUGUUCUCACAGAGUAGACGAAAGUUUACAAAUAAAUGCUUUAGCACAGAGAGAGAUUCAGCUUGUUGUUUCAUGAUAUUGUCUGUGUUUGACAGUGUCAGUGUGCAGGAUAUAUAUAACUAAAAUAUAACAGUUUUGGUUUGUUGUUCCAUAAAAUGUUAUAAUGUAAAUAAACAAUGUGUUCUUUCUUGUAUGUCACGAUGUUCAGAUUUAACAGGAACAGCGUAAGUGUUACUUUGUGCCCCUUUUUCAGAAAAUAAAAGCAUUUCAAAAUAAAGGUCCUGUUUGUGAUCUUCCCCAUUAAUUUUCAAUGGCUGGCCAUUUUUUAAAAAGUGACUUUGUGCAAUUUUGUACAAAAUAAAGGCAUUUAAAAGCAAACUUCCUGAUUGAACAUUAAAGCACACUAGUGUGAGAAACAGUGCAAAUUUUUAUAUAUUUUUGAAAAUGAUUCAUAAGAAAUGUUUUUUUUCACUCAAAAAAUGAGGUACCUACUCUCAGAUAAAUGAGACAUGAUUAAUCAGAUGCAAAUAGAAACACAAAACCAGUCCUAAAUGAAAGAAAACAAGUUGACAAAAAGGUUGAAUCCAAUAUUUGGUGACAAUAUAGCAUAAUGAGAGAUUUAUAAGCAAUUGUUUGGAGUCUGGUCAUUUUUGACCUGGAACAUCACAAGUGUGACUUUUGUGCAAUUUUGUACAAAAUAAAAGCAUUUAAAAGCAAACUAGUGUGAUAAACAGUGCUAAUUUUACACAUUUUUUUAACUCAUAUUGUGAAAAUUAUUCAUAAAAAAAUACUUUUUCACUCAGAAAACAGGGUACCUACAUUUAAAAAUAAAGGUGUUUUACGAUGCCAUAGAAGAACCUUUUUUGUCUAAAUGGUUUCAUAAAGAACAUUCAACAUCUGAAGAACUCAAAAGGUUCUUUGUAGUGAAAGAAGAUUCUUCAGAUUUUAAAAGGUAAGAAAGAGAUGGUUCUUUGUGAAACCAAAAAUGGUUCUUCUAUGGCAUCACCUUUCGAAGCACCUUUAUUUUUAAGAGUGUACUCUCAGAAAAACGAGGCCUACGAUUAAUCAGAUACAAACAGAAACACAAAACCAGUCCUAAAUGAAAGAAAACAAGUUGACAAAAAGAAUGAAUUUAAUAUUUGGUGACAAUAUAGCAUAAUGAGAGAUUUAUAAGCAAUUGUUUGGAGUCCAGCCAUUUUUGACUAGGUGAAAACUCAACUAAAACUCAAAAAAAAUUCUGAGAAGUUACACCCUGUGUGAACA